UCAGUCAAAACUAUCACAAAAGUGUUGCACGUUGAAAGAUCUACACCUUUACUAAAGUAGAAAGAUGGUAUGUCUUAUAAAUUAUGUGCUCAUUGUGGGCAGUAGAGGAACUACUACGUUUUAACGCAACAUCCAAAAGAAGCUGCAGGUGGCGGUAAUGAGCUGAGAUUUGUUCCACUUUUUGCGGCAAAGCAAGAUAAGGAGAAGGAAGACCGGUGAAUUCGUGACGGACUCGUACCGGUGAAAAAUGAAAAUUCUGAUGGUGUUUGAUUUUGACCACACCGUGGUCGAUGCCAACAGUGACACUUGGGUGGUCAGGUGUCUUCCUGAUAAGACACUUCCUGGCUCUGUGGAGAAUUCGUACAGAAAAGGCUACUGGACUGAGUACAUGGGCAGGGUGAUGAACUACAUAGGAGAGCAGAAGGUGAGCCCAGACAGGGUUCGCAGUGUGAUGGAGACUAUCCCCUUUACAGCUGGAAUGACUGACUUGCUGACAUUUAUAGCAGAGAAUAAAAGUGUCAUUGACUGCAUAGUCAUCUCUGAUUCCAACACCUUGUUUAUAGAAUGGAUUCUUCAUGCUGCAGGACUCCAGGCAGCUGUUGACAAGGUUUUUACCAACCCAGCUAAGCUCAAUGAGUUGGGCCACAUUGAGGUGCAGUGCUAUCAUUCUCACGACUGCAAUCGAUGCCCUGUCAACCUCUGCAAGAAAAAAGUCCUGGAGCUUUACCUUUCUGAGCAAUCUGAUGCUGGCGUGGAGUAUGAGCAAAUCUUUUAUGCGGGGGAUGGGGGGAAUGAUCUCUGCCCUACUUCCCGUCUGAGAGGCCGCGAUGUUGUAAUGCCAAGAAAGGGAUACACUCUGGAGAAGCUGCUAGCCAAACUGGAAGGUCAGGAGGGCAACUUUCCUCUAAGAGCUAAAAACAUUGCCUGGAGCAGUGGCACUGACAUUCUCCGGGAGCUGAAAGCAAGCAUGCAGUCGUAGCCGUGGCACAUGAAAUAUUACAAAUAUUGAGCCUGCACUGCAGGAUGCAUUAUGCUGCCCGUAUUCUUUUUUUUCAUAUUAUAAUUCAAAAUUUAAAAAAACAAUUUCCGAAAUGUUUAACUUAUUUAAAAUGACAGCAUUUGCACACGUAAACCAGUCUUUUAAAAAGGGUAAUUUGUCUGCAGGGAAAUUUACCUUUAUCUUUUAUCUUUGUGAUCUUUACAAUUUUUCUCAUUUUCUAUGGUGAUUGAAACUAGAGGCGCCUGAAAUCACUAACAAUACGUAGGGAGUUCAUCACAAGGGCAGCUUUUACAUGUGCAGUGUAUGUUGGACACUAGGUAAGAAUUCAGUUAAGAUUAUAUUUAGUAUAGUAUUCAAGAUCUCAGUUGUUGGGACUGAUCCAAGAAGCAGAGAUGAACCAGCAAGUUAACUGGAUCUGAUAAAGUAGAAGUCAGGGAAAUUUCUGAGCAGAUUUGAGACAUGGAUUAAUUUUAGUCCCAGACUACAAGAAAAAUUAAAAGAUGUCUCCAUUGAAACGUUUCUGGACUAGGGUUUCUUGAAAGGUUCAAGUUAAGGGCAUUUUAUUAAACUGAAAACCUUAAAUCAAUCUACUUUAUGCAGUCUGCACUAUAUCUAGCCACAGUACUGUGUCAAAAUAUUAAACCACCCCUUAUUUCUUCAAUUUUGGCAGAAAGAUAGAAAAUAGGUACAGCAGUUUAUUGAAACAUGUGGAAACAUGCGUGGAAAUUAAGUAUAUAUAAGAAAAACAGCAUUUUUCUACAGUUAUAAAGAUAAAAAGUCAAUAUUCGGUAUGACCUUUACUUUUCAAAAUUAUUAUUAAAUUAAUAUUAAUUUAUUUUAUUUUUUAUUUUCCCCAAACCACGAAAGAGCGUCCUGUUUUACACACUGACUGUUGUAGUGUUUUUUCUAAAAGCACUUUGGAAAUCAGCUCACUGGUACUAAAAUACAAAUUUAUGCCUGUCAAACUUUGUCAUCUUUGGUGUUUUUACUGAAGCAAACUUUGUGUUUUUGUGGCAGGCUGCUAAUAAUAAUGUGCCAAAAGAAAAACAAACGUAAAUUCAUUCUUUGCUAAAUCAUCUGUUAUCUGUAGAUACACCACUGGUUGCUCAUCUCUUGAGUUAGGUGUUUUUUUUAUUGCUUGAAUGAUUGAUAGGUCAGUGUGAAGUAGCAGAACUAACAAAAAUGUUCCUCUGAAAAUGGUCAGGUACAGGGACUGAACUAAGUGAAAAAGCAGUGUCCAAGGAAAAGCUUUGGAAGAUCUUUAGAAAGCCUGGAGAACUAUUACUGAACACUACAUUAUCAAAUGAAAAUGAAGUCUGACUCCUUGGAAGCAAAAUAUAAAGAAAUGAGGGGUGGCUCAAUACCUUUGCACAAGUCUGUUUGUUGUUUGUAUUGAACUAACAAUAAAAAAAAAUCUCAUGUUUUGUGGGUCUAAACACACGCUAACUCAAUUUCCCAACCUUGAAUUAAGCCUGGUGAUUAAACUCUUUACUCAGUGGAGACCUUCACUGAUUCUUUUCUUUCUUUUUUAAAUUUUAUUCAUUUUGUGAGGACCAGACUCGGUCUGUGUUUGGGAAACUGGCUGACUGGAUAUAUGUUAAUAUGUCCAAACCAAUGAACAAACAAUGGGUUCUGGAUAUUACAUUUAAUUACAUUUACUUUAUAGUUUACAAAUGUUAGUUGUCUUUUACACUUUAUUAUUUUAUUAUUUUUUCGUUAUGAACCUGACAAAAACACUAUACAGUUCUUACCUGCUAUAUUCUGCGUAAGGCAUUUUGAUUUAUGAAAAGAAAAGCACUGGUGUUACUGACGGCGUUGUGAUGUAUUAUAUUCAAAUGUUCCAGACAGUGUUACAGCAUGCACAAUACCAGGAACUUGAAACUGCUAAAUGGCAUUAAGUUGUCUGUUUUAGUGUAAACUGACUAAAAAUACAUCUGUAAAAGGGACAUUAUGAUGUAACUAAUACAUACUUUAAAUAAGGUGCUUUUGUCAACAUUUUGAAUGUAACAUUUUUACAUGAACUUACCUCAGCUGAUAUCUGGUUAAGAAAGAUUUAAUACGUUUCAACAGUUUUUCCACAGUUGCAAUUCUUUGUUUGGGGUGUUAGAAAAUGCAGAUGAAGUCAUUAUUAUAACUGGUCCUAAAGGAUUGUACUUGUUUAAUGUUAUUUAGCAUUUAAUAGAGCUGUGCUGCUCUGUAGUCCUGAAUCUUUCUGUUCUCCAGUAUUGUCGCUGUGUUUUACAGAUCAGGUCUGUUUCUUUUAAGUUGAUUUUUGAAAGCAGGUUUGGAUUAAUGCGACUAGUACAUUAAAUAUAAUGUGUCUAUUGAAUUGCAUAAACCUCCAUUACCUUAUAAGCUACCUGAACAAUACUUCCAUGUUUGUUUUUAUCACGUUAACUCUGAAGUACAAGCAGCUGCAUUUAGGAUUUUGCUCAGGUUUCUCGUAGCCAGUAUGUAUUAUCUGAAUAGACUAUUCAGUUUUCUAUGUACAACUUCAACAGCCAUGCUCAUGGAGACAUAUGCAUUGAUUGACUUUCUGUUGCCACUGUCACAAUCCAGUUUGAUAAAAUAAUAUUGUGUGUUCUUAAUAUGGAAUUCCAAUAAUUAAAUCAAAUUAAUUACC